AUGUAUUCAAAUAAUAUCUACCUUUUUUUAAGGAAUGAAAGGCACGAUGGCACGCUGGCAGUAGACAAGUAUGCUAACCUGGGAAUGCUCAAGCUGAAAAGAAUCAAUGUACUUGUUAUGGCAUCUUUCCGCAGUGGUUCAACAUUUAUUUCCGAAAUUUUUAUCAGGAAUCCACUCGCAUUCUACAUCUUCGAGCCUGGGUAUGUGUUACACGACAAAAAAUGUCUACUCCCAAUGAGUAAAUAUACCAUGUCGUCACAACGGAUUAAUAUGUUGUAUGACAUUUAUUCCUGUAAUUUCACAACGCCUACUACUAACUGCUAUGAGUACGUCAACAUUGAACAAUUCCAGGCACACUGGAUAAUUAAUGAAAGAUAUCAGCAGAAAACCAAAUAUAUCGACAUGACGCAUGUGACUGAAUUCUGUAUGAAUCACCCAAUUACGGCGAUUAAAACAAUUCGAGUAGAUCGUUUAUCUGAACUUGUGCCGCUCAUCAAAGACCCGCAGAUACAGCUCAAAGUUUUGCAUCUUAUCCGUGAUCCAAGAGGAAAGUUUUCGUCGAUGGAAAAUAUUCGCAAACAGAAUAGUGUCAAUCAACUAAUACAAAAAUUGGAUGAUUACUGUUCUAGAUGGGUGGAAAACAUGGCCAUUGGGAGAACCAUGGGGGAAUGGCUCCUCGGUAAUUACAGAGCGAUUAGAUAUGAAGAUUUUGCAGAGAAUCCAAUAAACAAAUCACGAAAACUUUACAAGUUUUUAGGACUCGACCUUCCUGCUACAGUGAUAGAUUGGUUAAACAAUAAUACCAAAAUCAAUAAGGGUAACAACCCUUAUUCGACAAGUCGUGAUUCCAUAAAAACUGCGCAUGCGUGGAAAUAUAGAUUACCAUUUAAUAUAGCAAGACAGAUUGAGACAUUGGACUCAUGUCGUGAUCUCAUGAAUUUUGCUGGAUAUACGCUGAGUAAAGAUGAACACGAAUUUCAAAACAAAAGUGUUUCGUAUCUAAAAUCACGCCUAGACUGGUUUAUGUGA